AAAAAAUGACAGCUGCUACUUUUUUUUUUAGCCUACACUUUUGACUUCGCCAUAGUAAAUAUUUUUCUUAAAACGCUGUGUUUUUUUGAAUUAAAAAACUAAAAUAAAGUGAACCAAAAUUUAGAAGAAAAACUUGAAAUUUUUGUAAAUAAUAUAUAAAAUGGGAACUGAUGUAAUUAAAUCUUAUGAUUCACUCCAACAAGAGCUAGAUCGUGCUAAGAAUACACUCGUCUCGUUAAAUGACAAUAUUCGGCGCAUCAUAGGCCGCGACCCAAAAGAAACUAAUUUAAGAGGUGAUAGAAAACGCCACUUAAACGACAGUCGUCGCUCCUCCAACGAUCGACCGAAAAACCGAGACAUUGGCGGCGGGAGUCCUCCGCCCGCUAAACGGCGCAUUCAAGACGCCAAAUCAGUGUUCAGCCGAUUGUCUGGACCGCCUCCGAUAUCUCCGUCAUCGCGUGACGACGACCAGCCAGUCAAACCACGUAUAUUCUCACGAGUCAUUCGCGAGCUUCCGUCUCGCGAAGAAAUCGUGACUGCACAAGGCCCCGAUGCCGAAUCGCGUGCUCGCAAUCGUCGAAUGUUUGGCUCAUUGCUCGGCACUUUACACAAAUUUUGCCAAGAAGAGUCUCGCCUUAAAAAGAAGGAAGAUCAAAAGGCGAUGGUUGAGAAGAAAGUCGAAGAACAAGAAAUCAAAGAACGCGCCAAUCUUAAAAAAGAACGCGAAUCCUUGUUCAUGGAUCGCAAGCGUAAACAAUUGGAAAUUCGCAAGCUAGAAUUAAAAAUGCAUCGUGUCAAAGAUUUUAAAGCUUGGGAAAAAUCCAAAAAAGAUUUGGUUCAUUUUAUUCGAACCAAAUCAAAACCACACAUUUAUUUCCGACCGAAAGUACUCAAUAAAAAAACAGAGAAACUUCUCGCCGAAAAUCGAGCUGCAAUUGAAAAAGAAAUUGAAAAGAAACGAGCUGCUUUUAAUGAGGAAAUUAUAGAAAUUGAUAAUCGUUUUAAAAUGCGCGAAGAUAACCAAGAUUAUGAGCCACAUAAUAAUGGUGGAUCGUUGAGGAAUUCCAGCAAACAUGAUCGUCAGAAAUCGAAUAAUACACGAGAUGAUGAUGACGACGAUGAGGAUGAUGAUGAUGAGGAUGAUGAUGAUGAUAUUGAGGAGACAGAACAACAGAAAGUACAAGAAAUUGAUAGCGAUCAUGAGGAGCAGAGGGAAGUUAGUCGUGUUAUUAGUAGUAGCAACAAUCACGAGGAGCUGUCAUCUAUACAAAUUAAGAUUCAGAAUGACAUAAAACAAGAAGACAUAGAUCCAACCGAAGAAAUCGAGGAAAGAGAUAAUUCGAAUGAAAGAACUCUGCCAAGCAGCAUCAUAAUUCCCAAUAAGGAGAUAAAACGAUCGUUAGAUUGAUAUUCUCUGUAUGGUGAAGCAAAAUCACGUUGAUGACCAAAAUUAUGUAAAGUUAAAUCGAAAUCCAAGAUUUACCAUCAUUUAUCUAGUAUUUUACAAAAAAUAAACUUGUAUAAUUGAAUUGCUGUUUCAAUAGAGUAACCAAUUAAGAAAGAAAAAAAAAAAGAACAAAAUAUUAAAAAA